AUGGACAGAGGUGGGAUAGUAUUGAUAAACCUGUCUCUUCUGUUAACAUUCCCAGGUCCUGAUGGAGAGAAAACUUGGCCCAAGAAGUAUCCAUUUUGUGGAGGAGUAUUCCAGUCUCCAAUAGAUUUUCAUAAUGAUAUUCUCCAAUAUGAUACCACUCUCUUACCUUUAGAGCUUGUAGGCUACAAUGUGUCCUCCACUGACCACUUUAUGUUGACAAAUAAUGGUCAUUCAGUAAGAAUGAGUCUGUUUCCUACCAUGCACAUCAGAAACCUCCCUUUCCAAUACACUGCAACUCAGCUUCACCUUCACUGGGGAAACAGGAACAAGCCAGAAGGCUCAGAGCACACAGUCAGUGGGAGGCAUUUUGCAGCAGAGCUACAUAUUGUACAUUACAACUCUGACAAAUAUCCCGAUGUAACAGCAGCAAUAGACAAAUCAGAUGGGCUAGCAGUUUUGGCUAUUCUCAUUGAGAUAGGCCCAUUCAAUCCAUCCUAUGAAAAGAUCUUCAGUCAUUUCCAGAACGUGAAAUACAAAGACCAGGUAGCUCUAGUCCCAGGUUUUGACAUCCAAGAACUGCUUCCUGACCAACUGGAUGAGUAUUAUCGCUAUGAAGGAUCCCUGACCACUCCUCCUUGUUACCCUAGUGUUCUCUGGACAGUUUUCCGACACCCGGUAAAAGUUUCACAAGAACAGCUGCUGGCACUGGAAACAGCUUUGUACUGCACACAACCCAAUGAUCCCGCACCCCUGGAAAUGGUUAAUAACUUCAGGCACAUUCAGGAGUUUGAUGAAAGGCUGGUUUCUGUCUCCUUCCGUCAAGGUGUUGUCCUUUCAGUUGUGUUAGCCAGCAUUUUUGGAGUUAUCAUCAUGCUUGCAGUAACCUUUUGGCUGCUUAAGAAGAAGAGUUGCAAAAAGGAACGAGAAGACAACAGAAGAGUCAUCUACAAGCCAGCCUUUGACAAAGAGGAUGACAACACCUCUAAAGCCCAGAGUGGCACACGUCAACUGAAGGAGCACCACAUGAUCGCACACCUGCAACCGGGAGCUGCCUUUGACCAGCCAGUUGUCCAGGUAGGAGAAGAUCUGGACCCUACAGCGCCUGAGGUAGACCGCCACCACAGACAUACACUUUGUAAAUACCCCAGGGACAGUGAGCAGGCCAAAUUGGUAGUGUUCCUGUCCAACCAUGAAACCAAGGAAGCACCUGUGCCCCUCAAAUAUAUGGAUGUGGAAGUACACAUCCUGUAG